AUGCUCCGGGUAAACUUCACCACUAACGGGUCGACAGGUCACUACAGUUGCGUUUCUCAAGGAGACGCCGAAGAGAUACUCAACGGCGCGCGGUGCGAGGUCAAGCUGGCGAAGACGGCAGUUGCUACCAUGUUCCCAGGGUUUUGCCGUGAUCGGCCGAUGUUGUCCUUGGGUCUCGGCGAGCCUGGCACGAUGGUGCCGUGUGUUUUCUCUGCCGCAGUCGGAUCGAGUGGUCUAGACCAGGCGUCACGGCAAGGGCAGCCCUCGCUCGCCAAGAAUAUUCUGCCGUUGCUCAGGCGGCUUGGGCGGCCAAGAAGCUUCGAUAUGCCUUCCAUCCGUAUUCCGUGCGUCUUUCCAGAAGGUGUCGACUCGUUCCAGACGGUCUUCUUUGCUGGGGAUCCUCAUGACCUUCAUGCGGCUUCCUCCAAUGUCAUGACACUAGUGUGUGCGCGCGCAUGCCGCCAGGCUGGGCCAUAG